GCGAUGGCGGAGUGGUCUGGAAGAGAAGAGAGAAAGAAUGGGCAAAGUUUCAAUUCCAGUCCCGCAAAACGGUUUCUCCAUACGCAAUUUCUCAACGUCCAAACGCUCAUGUUUCACCCCUUCACCUUCAACGCUCAGAAUUUCUUGCUCUGGAGUAGCUGAGUUAGAUGGAUCUCAUGAGAAUAAGGGAGGUUUGUUUAAUUUCAAUGGAAUCAAGGGCGUGGCUUGUGGUAUUCUUGCAGCUUGUGCGGUUACUUCUGCUGCAUUUCCCGUUACUGCUGCUACCCAGAGACUUCCCCCAUUGUCAACUGAGCCCAAUCGCUGUGAGCGUGCAUUUAUUGGCAACACAAUUGGUCAGGCAAAUGGUGUAUAUGAUAAACCAUUAGAUCUCCGGCAAUGUGAUUUCACAGAUGAAAAAACCAACCUGAAGGGGAAGUCCCUGUCUGCUGCACUCAUGUCAGAUGCCAAGUUUGAUGGAGCUGAUAUGACAGAAGUUGUAAUGUCAAAGGCUUAUGCUGUUGGUGCCAGCUUCAAGGGGGUGGACUUCUCAAAUGCAGUCUUGGACCGUGUGAACUUUGAGAAAGCUGAUCUUGAAGGAGCUGUAUUUAAGAACACGGUAUUGUCGGGCUCCACCUUUGAUGAUGCUAAGCUGGACAAUGCCGUUUUCGAGGACACUAUCAUUGGUUACAUUGAUCUCCAGAAACUAUGCACAAAUAAGACCAUCGGUGAUGAAUGGAGAGUUGAACUAGGAUGUCGAUGAAAAGCAAAGUAUUCAUUGCCUUCUAUUUCUUGUAUGCUGCUAUGCUAUGACACGACACAAAUAUUUUGAUGAGGGUAGCCAGUGGAUGAAUGCUACGUCCAAAACCUUAAGGUUCUUGUCAAUUUUUCAGUCUUCACCACGAAAUUGUUGUGAAUCUGAGGGAGGUAAGAGCAAUCAUAUAAGUGAAUCUGAUAUCACACCUUAAUUCAAAAUCUUAAGAUUCAAAUUUUUGGGUUUUAUUCUCA